AUGAACCGCUCGUGAAUGGCCAUUCCACCGCGCCGCCACUCGUAGUGAUCUCGUCGAACGGUGUUGUGGGAGCGCCAGUGCAGAAGCAUCAUCUCGCGAGUCACGUUCCCGUGGUCGCGGGUUCCACCGCCAGCAUUACCUCCCCGAUGACGAUCGACCUGUCGACCAAGAGCCUAAACCACCACCAGCAGCAGAACGGUGUUCCGUUCCAGCAUCACGCCGCGCUGCAUUCGCUCGCCCCUUCCACGACACCACCGUCGUCUGCCCUGUCGUCGUCAUCAUCGUCCUCGUCGUCCUCUUCCUCCUCGUCAUCAUCCUCGACGCUCACCGUCUCACCGGUGGACGAUUCGCAGUCGUCGUUGAACCUGAGCAACGGUCCCGCCCCAAACGGUUUCGGUACCGUUCACAGUGCCAACACUUCCGGCGGUGGUUCGCUCAACCUGAGCAGUACCGCAAGCAGCGGAUCGUCCCUGCUGCCGGGUAUCGGUCUGAGCCCGGGCACCACCGUUACGUCCGUCGUGGCCGGUGGUGUACUGCCGAUCGGCAUCGACGGUGGAGUGCUGCAAACGGCCACUUCCGGAACGGCCAAUCGCCACCCGGUGGCCGUGCACCAUUUGCCACUGGAGCUUCAGCAGCAGGUGGCGGCCGGCCUAUCGGCGCACGGUUCGCAGACGGCCGGAGCGGCCCUGUUCGCAAACAUCCCAGCGCGGCGGAGAACGACCAGCUCAAACAGCAACGGAGUCGGAACGCGAGAGGUUCACAACAAGCUGGAAAAGAAUCGACGGGCGCACUUGAAGGAGUGUUUCGAGCAGCUAAAGAAACAGCUCAGCCUACAGCCGGACGAGAAGAAGAUCUCCAACCUGUCCAUCCUGCACGCAGCGAUACGGCACAUUCAGAUGCAGAAACGCAAGGAGCGCGAGUUCGAGCACGAGAUGGAGCGACUGGCGAAGGAGAAGAUUGCGGCGCAGAAUCGGAUUUUGCUGUUGAAGCGCGAGAUCACGCAGAUGGGCGAUAUCGAUGUGUCGCGGCUGGCACCGGAUACGGAUAUCACGCCAAACCCGACGGGCGGUCUCAAUCUGACCAGCGUGGUGCAAUCGGAUCGUGAUCAUCUCAGCGAUGCCGUGCUGGUCCCGGGACGCAAUGGCAUUCGGUACAGCUCUAGCAGCUCACUCUCGAGCAUUGCAACAAAUGCUUCCAUCGGCACCUUACCGCACCAAACAACCAUUUCGCCAGUUCUAUCCAUAUCAUCACCGACGCGCGGCAGCCCGGCCUUGAAUCGCAGCUCAACAUCGCCUCCGUCAUCAUCGUCGCCGUCGUCGUCCUCCCUGUCAUCGUCGGCGUCCUCGCUUUCGGUGUCGUCGACCACCGCGAGCCUCAUGCUGCCACUGUCGUUGACUACCAAGAGCAGCAACGGUGGUGGCGUCCUGGUGGAUUCGCACAACGGUGCUGUCGCAUGCAACACAACGUCGCCGUCUCCGCUCAAGUUUUCCACCGGCCCACUGAACGGACUCAAUCUGAGCAGUUCCGUCUCGGCUCUUCCUAUAAACGGGAUCAACGGUUCGACGGCCGCUUCCAUCGGCCAGCUGCCCGUCAUCGUCGGUGCGAACGGAGCUACCAACAUCGUUGGCAUUACUCCGUCGCAGUUGCUAGCAACGACGGCUGCCACGGCCAAUGGAUCGCCGGCCAUCCAAACGAUACCGCUGAACCUGAACGUGACAUCGACAGCCGUCAGUAAUGGGCUCAACGGGGCCGGUAUCCCAGCGACCACGGCCAUCGUGUCCAGCGCCGGUCUGCAUUUGGCACCACCGUCGUCAGCCCAAGCGCUGCAGUUGACAACGAACGGUACCGGUGGCGGCGGCGGCGGUGGUAGCCUAGCCAGCAGCAGUAUUGGUGGUGGAGGCACCACGACCUCCACCAUUGCCACCAGCAACGGUAGCAGGGCGGGUAGUACUGCUUACGGGGUGGUGUCAACCGUAAGCGUAGGGCAAACGUUGGCCAGCGUGCACGGCAAAGAACUGAUUAACGGUACGAUCGGGAAGAACGGUACCGUACGGACUGAUAAUAAUAGUAAGCUUGAGAUUAUUGCAACCCAAACCCCCACCAAUAAUGCGACGGUCGUCGCAAACGGUGCCACCGUUGGCACCGCGGCACUAGACCCACCGGGAACGAAGGUUAUCACAGUGGUGAACGGUAACACGUUCGCACUCGCCUCGAUGGAUAAGGACAGCAAGAUGGGUGUCGUCUACAGUCCCAUCCAGCUGCUGACACCGCAAGGACUACGCGUGAUACAGCAGUCCCCGAACGGGCUGGCAACCAUCGAGCUUAGUGCGCCCGCUAACGGUGGCAACCGUUUGCAGCUGCAUUUAACUCACUAGAGAACGGUGGCCGCCGCCGGGAAGGGAGUAAGGAACGAACGUCAACCCACCCUCUUCCGCCGCAACUAGCGCCAAACGCGCUGCUGUUCCUUUCCUCUCCCGAGUUUCGUGAUCCGCGUGCUGCACUAACUUCCACCCGAGGGCCCAGUUUUUGCCACAUGCGAUACGCUGCCAGUUGCAUGAACAAGUGGCACGUUUACAAGUGGCCACAAUUGCAUUUCUACACACAAAACGUAAGUUCAAACCGAGUAACAAUAUGCGAUCGAUAACUUUUAAAGUCCGGAUGCCGGCUUCCUCUCUUCGGGCGGCU